GACUGCCAGUCCCUGCAGCAACAUAUAUUUUCUGCAAUGGCUGUCACGGUGUCGCCCCUCCUGAUCCCCAUUGUCAGGACGGUACUCUAUGCUAUGCUCGUCAUAUGUGGCUUUACAGUGGCAAUAGCAGUAAGCAUGUCUAAAUACGACAACAACUGUUUGCUGUACGCGGACUUAACAAACUUGUCGUUCGGGUCGGAGUCGACGUGUAACUACAACAUCGCCAUCGCCACCGUAUUCUGCCUGCUGUAUCCAAUCACCGUCAUCAUCAUCAACGUCAUCUGCAUAGGAAAGAAUAUAAUAAUGCCGUACCAAGAGUUACCGUUCCUAAUCCAUGUCGUCGCCGACGGUGUUGCAUUUUUCUUCGUCCUCGUCGCUGCCUGCACCAUCAGUGUUGGCUUCAAAAUGUUGUGCGAUAGCUUCGUCGGCGACUCAGGUUUUUCGUGCUCAUCUAUGGCGGAAGGCACUGACGAAACAAAAGAAGACUAUCAGAAUCUAUCUGCAGCAGAGACCGCCGUUAAACAGCGCACAGUUAAAAUAUUGCAGACUGCGAAGAUGUUUUUCAAAUUAACAAACAAGACCUCGACCCACGAAUUGCAUGGCAGGAGCAUGGGCAGCGGUCACCGUGUGGUUCGGCCAGCUGAUUGGGGGACUGCUCGUGCUGUGGUGGAAUGGCCGACUGACCUGUCUGCCUUGUCGACCGUCCCCUUCAAAGUCAACCCCUUCGCCUUCCGAAGAAGUUCCUGAGAAAUUCUAGAUGAUCGCUUUCGAGUUGUAUAUGCUGGUAGCACUAAGCAAUUACCGUCUGUAGAUAACACACCAGUCAUUCCCUUUGCAACAGCACAUAGUUCGUCUCUCAUCACGCAGAAGGUCUGGGGUCCACAUCUUCAUAUGUGAAGCCUAUUUAUGACUUCCGAUCCCAUACUUGACAGAAACUUAUUAAGACGGUUUCUAAUCUACUUCGCCAAAAGAUCAAAGGCGACGACUGUAGUUUUUCCUGCGUAUAUGAGCAAACGACCUCGUGCUUUGACUAUAAUAGUUCGGUCAGAGCCAAACUAUGCUUUAUUAGACUACACAUUGAGUUGAGCAAACUUUAAUAUAAAACGUCCACGCCUGAGUAUGCCCUUAUUCAUGAAGGAAGGACUCUUGAAAUAUUUGUGAAUGAAGUGAAUAUACUCAAAUCUCCUGAUUUCGAUCGUGGUCUUCGUGAUUUGACAGGCUUCAAAUGUGUUGAAUACUUAUCGAGCGUUUGUUUACGCUUUUUAAGGAAUGAAAACUAUUUGUAAAGGAAUUGAAUAUACUCAAAUCCCCUGCAUGAUUUCGACUUGACUUUUUAAGGAAUGAAAUUUCAUUAAUA